AUGCCGCGGGGCAGGCCCAAGUGCAAUGUGCCUCCUUGCCGGUUCUGCAACAGGCAGUUCAAGCGGCAAGAGCAUUUACUACGACAUGAACGCACUCAUACGAAUGAGCGGCCAUUUCUAUGUGACUGCGGUCAAGGCUUCACUAGACAAGACCUCCUAGCACGCCAUAUCAAUGUUUCCUGUCAUUCACACCACUCGGCACCUCCUUCCGAGGCCGUGGCAAUACCCAUGCUCAGUGGUGAACUGGAAACUGACGGAGCUGGGGCAGAUAUGUUGUGGGAUCCUGACUUCAUGAUCCAAGAUAUGCUACCGGCUGCGCUUUUUGACAUUGAUUUCCAUAAUUUUGAAGCACCAAGCACGGAACCUCUGCAAAAGAGCAGUUUUGCUCAGUUCAGCUCUCGACUGCCUACUCUCGAUGAUGUCGAGAAUGACGACGAGGGUGACGCUAGAAUGUGUGAGACAGACGACCGGCUUCGUGCUGGUGCCGACGAUGAGCCAUGGAUUCUUAGCAAGUCUUGCUACGAAGGUUUUCAUCUCAAAAUCCAAGAUUUCUCCGCCGUGCUUCCCGACGGAUGCUCAAUACCUGCUCAAAGCACCUUGAUUCGGUGUUUGGAGAAGUAUCUUCGAUGUGCUCAGGAGUUUUUACCAUUCAUUCACUGCGCAACUUUUCGGGCUGAACACAAACCACCCGAACUGUUGUUGGCUAUGGCUGCUGUUGGAUCACUUUAUUUGUUCGAGCACGCCCAGUCGUAUGAAUUGUACUUCGUUGCUAAAGCAAUUCUGUUGGAGAGGAUGCGACGUGAGGAAGUCCAAUCAAAAUCGGAUUUCUUGCUUGGCCAAAAUAAUCUCUUGCACAGCAAAGGAACAGAGCUAGAGAGGUUACAAACUUUCAUCUUGCUUAUUGAGUUCGCCUCUUGGGCCGAUCAUAGAAUUUCAAAGGAUGGUCUUUUCAUGGCCAGUCAACUGGCAGUCCUAGUCAGGGAGAGUGGAAUAUCAGAGUCAGACCAAGCGGCACCAGACAUCCAAUGGCUGGCUUGGGUAGAUAUCGAGGAAAGAAGAAGGACUUUAUUUGCGGCAUACGUGUUGUCCAACUUACACAGCAUUGCUUUCGACACCCCUCCAUUAAUCCUGAACCACGAGAUUGGUCUAUGCCUACCUGGCUAUGCAGCACAAUGGAGAUCGACCAAUGCGACUCAAUGGCAUCAAGCUGCUCACCAACCCGAGCAUAGCUUCCAAACCGGACUCCGCCAUCUCUUCAGCACCCUUGACUCACCCGAAAUACCAAAGAUAUCAUCAUUUGCUAAUUACCUGCUCAUUCAAGGCCUCAUCCAAGAAAUUUCCAACGAAUGCCAUAAACUUACACCAACACCGAACUCGGACAUUGUCAAGUCCUUCGAAAUAGCCCUCCGCAGGUGGCAAUCAGGCUGGGAGAUGACACAGGAAUCCAGACACGAUUCCAGCCUGGAUCCAUUGUAUGCCAAAGGACCCUUCGCACUCACAGGAGCUGCACUCCUCCGGCUUGCUUAUAUUCGUCUAAGUUCAGGACACAACUUAAGCAAGCAACUUCUAUUGUCCCGAAAUCCGCAAUGUAUGUUGCAAAGGCAGCAUAAGCUCCAGAGGUCCCAGCAGGUCAACAGAGCUGUCAUUCACGCCGCACAUUCUUUGAGCAUCCCUUCUGGAAAGUGCAAUCCUCCUAGCUGA